AUGAACGAUCUCGUCAUGGCCAUGAUGGGAGCGCAGUAUACCUCUGUUACCGGGAACGACGGCAUAGCCAUUACCAAACUUCAGGAGUUCGUAAGUAGAGGGCCAAAGUCGAAGCGCCCGUCGUUCUGGGAAACAACCUCCGUAAUCGACAAAAGAGGAGCCUAUAGCAUCGCUGUAAUCGCAUAUUGGCGCAGCGCAGACUUGCACAGAAGCUGGCAACAGGAAUCUGGGUUCGAUGCAUGGUGGCAGAGUUCAGACAGGGAAAGAGAUGGGCAUGGCUGGUUCCAGGAGAUUCUGCGUCCAACGAUGGAUCGUUUUGAAACGGUUUUUUCAAACCCUGAGAAUCCAGAAGGAGCGGCCAACAUGCAAGAGAGGAUUUCGGGCGAGUUGGAACAACACGCGUAUUGGGGUAGCAUGCGGGAUCGCUUGGCGGCUGCUCAAGACAACAAACUCGAAGGCAACAGAUGGGGCUCUAAGGAUGGCCGCGCAAAUGGCUCGAGUGAUGACAGACAUGCCUCAAAACGUGUCCGUAUAUCUGGCAAGCCCAAUCUGUGCGUGAUUCGAUCGGGUCAGGAUUGGUCCGACACACUACCCGAAGAGCGCAAACUCUACCUCGAUACAAUGCAUCCGGUGCUUGUCGAGGGCAUGAGGUUUCUACGUGAUGAAGGGCGCGAGGUUGGGUGUUAUGCGAUGAAUUUGUGGGACGUUGUGGAUUCAAGGUCGUUCGAGGCGAACCGUGAAAGAACGUUCGGCUUUGGCUGUUUCGAUGACCUGUCGUCGCUCGAGUACUGGAGUAAAAGCCACCAGACACAUAUCGACAUCUUCGGAGGCUUCCUGAUGUAUGCGAAAAAGCUGAACAAUGUGUUAUCUCUCCGUUUGUUCCAUGAGGUUUACGUGCUGGAGCCAGACCAGCAACUCUUCGAGUACAUUGGGUGCCAUGCCGAGACGGGGAUGAUGAAUGCGCGCCAAUCUUCAGAUCUGUAG